AGCAGCUUGUGUUCUGGAUCGAGGAUUUGCUGUUGCAAAGCACUCCAACUUGCAUGCAGUGGGGCAGCCUUCGCUAUUCUAACCGCCGUGGUGAUGUGCUGAGGAGCCCGUGCAUAGGGAUAUCUUUUGCAGCCACGGCACCGAAGCUACUCCUGGUGUUCUGCAUGAACCUUCAUUAAUCAAUUUGGAAAUGGACUUGCUGUCUGGAACCUACCUCUUGGCAGUCUUAUUAGCCUGUAUUGUAUUUCAAUCUGGAGCGCAGGAGAAGAACUACACAGUGCGGGAAGAACUGCCUGAAAAUGUCCUCAUUGGCAAUUUGCUCAAGGAUCUUAAUUUAACACUGGAUCCAGAUGUCCCCCUUUCCUCGCCACUACAGUUCAAGCUUGUGUAUAAGACUGGGGAUGUACCACUAGUACGAGUGGAGGAGAACACUGGUGAGAUAUUUACAACUGCAAACCGCAUUGACCGAGAGAAGCUGUGCUCUGGCAUCUUUAGUGAGAAUCGCUGCUUUUAUGAGGUGGAGGUUGCCGUUUUGCCUGAUGAAGUCUUCAGACUGGUCAAGAUCAGAUUCCUAAUAGAGGAUAUAAAUGACAAUGCCCCCCUCUUCCCAUCUACAGUUAUUAACAUCUCUAUCCCUGAAAACACAGCGAUUAAUUCUCGCUAUUCUGUUCCAUCUGCCAUUGAUCCAGACAUUGGUGUGAAUGGUAUUCAGCAUUAUGAACUACUUAAGCCCAAAACAGCUCCGAAAAGGACAUUUGGAUCAAUUACAAAUGAUCAGGGUCAGAAUGUAUUUGGUCUUGAUAUAAUUGAGACACCUGAGGGAGAUAAGUGGCCUCAACUGAUUGUCCAGCAGAUCCUGGAUAGAGAGCAGAAAGAUACCUAUGUGAUGAAAAUUAAAGUUGAAGAUGGUGGAAGUCCUCCAAGAUCUAGCACUGCAAUCCUGCAAGUCACAGUGACUGAUGUGAAUGAUAAUCGUCCAGUCUUUAAAGAGAAUGACGUUGAAGUUAGUAUUCCAGAAAAUGCUCCAGUGGGCACCUCUGUUUCUCAGCUCCAUGCCACUGAUGCAGACCUGGGCUCAAAUGCACAAAUCCACUUCUAUUUCAGCAAUCAGAUCUCCAGCUUGGCCAAAAAGCUGUUUGCCAUUGAUAAUGCCACUGGUCUCAUCACCAUAAGAGAGCCACUAGACAGGGAAGAAUCUCCAGUACACAAACUAACUGUUUUGGCAAGUGAUGGCAGUUCGACUCCAUCGAGAGCAACAGUGACUGUUAAUGUCACAGAUAUUAAUGACAAUGUCCCAUCAAUUGACACAAGGUACAUCAUCAAUCCAGUGAAUGGGACAGUGCUCUUGUCUGAGAAAGCUCCACUUAAUACAAAAAUUGCAUUGAUAACAGUAAUGGACAAGGAUGCUGAUCUGAAUGGAAAAGUUACUUGUUUUACAGAUCAUGAUGUCCCUUUUAGACUAAAGCCAGUGUUUGAUAAUCAGUUUCUUCUGGAGACAGCUACAUUUCUAGAUUAUGAAUCCACACGGGAAUAUGCUAUUAAAAUAGUAGCUUCAGAUUCAGGUAAACCUCCCUUAAACCAAUCUGCAAUGCUCUUGAUCAAAAUUAAAGAUGAAAAUGACAAUGCCCCAGUUUUCACACAGCCUAUCAUAGGUCUUUCCAUCCCUGAAAACAAUGCUCCUGGUACUCAGCUAACCAAGAUAAGUGCUACAGAUGCCGACAGUGGGCGCAAUGCUGAGAUCAGCUAUAUUCUAGGUUCUGAUGCACCCCCUAUUUUCAAUCUUGACCGCCGCACAGGCAUUCUGACAGCAGUGAGAAAGCUGGAUAGAGAAAAACAAGACAGGUACUCCUUCACUGUACUGGCUAAGGAUAAUGGGAUGCCACCCUUGCAGACCAAUGCUACUGUGACAGUGUCAGUCCUGGACCAGAAUGAUAACAGCCCUGCUUUCACACACAAUGAAUAUAAUUUCUAUGUUCCAGAAAACUUACCCAUGUAUGGCACAGUAGGGCUUAUCACAGUAACAGAUGCUGAUUCUGGAGAGAAUGCUGCAGUCACUCUGUCUAUAUUAAAUGGUCGAGAUAAUUUCAUUAUCGAUCCACUUACUGGUGUAAUAAGACCUAAUAUUACUUUUGAUAGAGAACAGCAGGGGUCAUACACUUUUCAGGUGAAAGCGGUGGAUGGAGGAAGACUGCAGCGUUCCUCAACGGCCAAAGUGACGAUCAAUGUUGUUGAUGUAAAUGACAACAGGCCUGUUUUUGUAAUUCCUUCAUCAAAUUAUUCAUACGAGUUGAUUCCAACAUCAUCCAGUCCAGGUUCUGUUGUUACUAAAGUCUUUGCAGUUGAUAAUGACACAGGAAUGAAUGCAGAGCUCCGUUACAGCAUUAUAGGAGGGAAUUCAAGGGGCUUGUUUGCAAUUGACCAGUUAACAGGCAAUAUUACAUUGAAAGAGAAGGUAAUCACAUCAGAUCAUGGCUUGCACAGACUGGUGAUAAAAGUCAAUGACCUGGGUCAGCCAGAGUCUCUUUAUACUAUAGCUCUUGUGCAUUUGUUUGUGAAUGAGACGGUCACCAAUAGUUCCUACAUACAAGAGCUAGUGCGCAGGAAUAUGGAAACUCCAGUUGGCCAGAACAUUGGGGAUGGUGAGAUAACCCCACAAACCAAUGAUUAUGUCAAGAUCAUAAUUGCGAUUAUUGCAGGCACAAUGACAGUUAUUCUGGUAAUUUUUGUUACUGCAUUAGUACGAUGCCGCCAGACUCCCAGGCACAAAGUUGUCCAGAAAAAUAAGCAGAGUGGUGAGUGGGUUUCCCCAAACCAAGAGAAUAGGCAGAUCAAGAAGAAGAAGAAGAAGAAGAAACGCUCUCCAAAAAGUCUUCUCCUCAAUUUUGUGACUAUUGAAGAAUCUAAGCCUGAUGAUCCUGGCCAUGAGCACAUAAAUGGCACUUUAGACAUUCCUGUAGAACUAGAGGAACAGACUAUGGGAAAAUAUAACUGGGCCACUACACCAACCACAUUUAAGCCUGAUAGCCCAGAUUUAGCAAAGCACUACAAGUCUGCUUCUCCACAGCCAACCUUUCAAAUUAAACCUGAGACUCCUGUACCCCCCAAGAAGCACCAUGUCAUUCAGGAACUGCCUCUGGAUAACACCUUUGUGGUGGGCUGUGAUUCACUCUCCAAGUGCUCAUCAAGCAGCUCGGAUCCUUACAGUGUUUCUGAAUGCAGCUGUCAAGGAGGCUUCAAGACCCCAGGCCCCAUUCACACCAGACAGCUCUGAACGCCAUCGCAUCUGAUGUUAUAUACUGAAGUCGUACGUGUACACAAUGAUGUUAAGCCAGCAAACAUGAAAACAAGGAAAUAGCACGAGAAAGCCCUUUGUCCUCUCUCUGAUUGCCGAAGAAAUUUAUCGUCUGAUCUCCAGAGGGGUUUGGAAGUGAUGAUGAACUGUUCAAGCUGCCCUACUGAAAGGUAUCAAGGGCAAGAAUUUUUUAAAAUGAAAAGACAACGAAAUUUUAGUACGUUGUGCUACAGUGUUCUAUAAUGUAGUUUUGCUAAGAAAAAAGUAAUGUGACCCAUCAUUCAUCGCAGUUGGCGAUUAUGAUAAAUCUAUUGUUU